CUCCAUAAAGUCGUCUUCCUCGAUACUCCCAAGGCAUCCGCCCCAAUUCACUUGCACCCAUAAAUCAUCAGAGGAGGACCUGGAUCCAUAAGACUUGAAAAUGGACUUUCUAGGGAUAGAUUUUAGCUGUGCCUUUGGAUCGCUGCGGAGCGGCCAGAUUCCGCAUAAGGACUGCCUGCUUCCCAUUAUCUCCAAGCUCCUCGGUUAUUGCAUCGUCGCCGCUUCCACCACCGUCAAAGUCCCUCAGAUAUUAAAAAUUUUGAAACAUAAAAGCAUCAGAGGGCUUAGUACUGUAGCCUUUGAGCUGGAAGUUGUUGGCUAUACCAUUGCUCUGGCUUAUUGUCUCCACAAAGAGCUUCCAUUUUCAGCUUAUGGGGAGUUGCUAUUUCUUUUAAUCCAAGCUAUAAUUUUAGUCGCUAUAAUCUACUAUUAUUCUCAGCCUGUGGGAAUCAAAACAUGGAUCAGGGCAUUACUUUAUUGUGCUGUGGCACCUACUGUUUUAGCUGGUCAAGUUGAUCCAGUCCUGUUCGAAGCUCUUUAUGCAUCUCAGCAUGCGAUAUUUUUCUUUGCCAGGGUCCCACAGAUAUGGGCAAAUUUUAGGAACAAAAGCACAGGGGAACUCAGCUUCUUAACAUGUUUAAUGAAUUUUGGAGGUUCCAUGGUGAGAGUCUUUACAAGCAUCCAAGAAAAAGCUCCAACAAGCGUUCUUAUGGGCUCUGUGAUUGGUGUUGUGACUAACGGAAGCAUCCUGAGUCAAAUAAUUAUAUACCAGAAGCCACAGGUGAAGAAGGGGAAGAAAGUAGAAUAGAAGACAAUACCUGUUUACAGUUAGCACUUUGCUUGAAUUCAAGGUUAACUGGUGCUGCAGGUGAUCCAGCGUGCUAUAGCUACCCAUGCAUAUGGGAAAAUUGAAAAUUAUCCAUUUAGUUAAUUAUUAUUUGAAAAUUGCUUGAAUUCAAGGUUGGACAGAUGCUGCGAGUGUGCCAGUUUGUUCUGGUUGUCAAUGCACGAAGGCAAGUUACCUAGAUUCUUACUCUCAAGAUGCAGUUUAGAGUUGUUUAUUGGAUGAGUAUCACUUAGUGUCGCCAUAUAGUGUUCUCCUUUGGUUCAUCUUUCUUUUUUCCUUUUUAGCCUUUUAAUGAAGUGGGUUUUGACCUUUACCUCUGGAUAAAACUUCAUUACUUACAUUUAAUUUGGCCAAUAUAUGGAUCUCACUAUUUUAUGCUUAAAA